AUGUAAAGGCUGACUGCCACGAGGGAAGGAUCUCUACCUGGACAUCUCUCCUUUUGGAGUAUCUGGGGAGCUCUGAUCCUUGGCAUGGGUAAGCAAAUAUUUCUUUCUUUAACUGGAUUUUGACUGUCAUCCUUUUUUUGGGGGGGGUAAUUUGGAACUGGGUAUCUGCUAUUGCCUUUCCUUACAAAGAUGUUAUUGAAAUCAGAGUAGACAAUAUCCACUUCUCCCCAUUAUCUAGAUUGUUUAAGCCUAGAUGCUAUCAAGUUGUUCAAGUGUGAAUUUCCCUUAGUGAAUACAUGUUGAUUGCUACUAAUGACUUUCUUGUUAUUCAUGUGCCUGGAAAUGGUUUCCAGGAUGAGCUGUUCCAUCACCCUGCCAGGGCUGCAGGUAAGGUUGGCCGGUCUCUGGUUCCCCACAUCUUCCUCCUUGCCUUUUUUGAACAUGGGAGUGAUGUGAUCCAUCAGAAAUCAUCAGGAGUGGCCUCUCAGUGAUGACUGCCAGCCCCUUCAGCUGGUUUCUUUGUUUUUCUCUGGUUGUUUAGAGUAAUACUGGUCUACCAGAAGUAGCUGUUUUUAGCCCUUCUGAAGUUGAGGGGAGUUUUCUGCUGAUGGAUUUCUGAGAAAUAUUAUAAAGUGAAAAGCAGUCCUGAGAAUGCUCCUCAAAUAAUAUGUAUAAACUAUAGAGGGAUGCAGAGAAUGCCUAAGAUUAGACUUAAAAAUGUUAGUAUUGUUCAUUUAUUUCUGGAGAUAAGCUUGUCAUCUACUUUCCUACCUCUAUUACUUACAGGAGAGGGACUUCCUCCCCCCCCUCAAAGUGUGAUAAUUGCAGUGUUUCAGAUAAAGCAGGGAAAAACUGCUUAUCAUCAGUGUUCAGUGCAGUUCAUAAUAAUGCUAUGUUGAUUUAUAUCAUCCUUUAAUAGAAACCAAAGUUUAGGAGAUAGGAAAACUGUGGAUAUAUUAAAGUAGUUCCCUGCACCUCUUUGAGGCAGUUGGGUGGUUGCUGUAAGUUGUGAUCACUCACUGCACAUCUGCAUGCUUUGCAAGGAGGGCACCUUCUGCUCUGCUGCAGUGAGCAGAAACAUCGCAGUUCAAAUGCCUAAAAAACAUACUGCCCCAGUAGGACUUGUACAGUGAGCAGAGCUGGAAAACGCCAGAGUACCAUCAAAAUCCUCCAACUAUUUUUUGUUUUGUUUUGGACCUCUCUUGGAUGGAAUUUCUUUCUGUGCGGCUCUGAUUGUCUAAGAGUAGCUGUAUUUCUGAGGGUGUAUAGACACACAUGUAAGGUAAUGAGGAGGAAAUCAGUCUUUCUGAUAUUGUCAUUUCUUUUUCUGAAACUUCUCCUGUAGCAGAGUAGCCACAGAUUGCUCUGCAUUCACAAAGAAAUGAUAGACUUUUUUUUUUUCUGUGGUAGUACAACAUGGAUGGUCAUUUCCAGGAAGGAAAGGAAGGGUUACUGCAUGGAAGGGAUGGUGAUUGGUGUUUACCCGCACGUGUGAAGGUCAUAGUAAGAGCAGUGCUUUUAUUGCUAUGUUUUCUGAGCGUUAUGUAAUCUCGUCAGGUGGUAGAUAAGCACUUAUGAUUUGACCUGGUGACUUGUGGCUGAUCUGAGAGCCAUAAAUUUCCAGUGUAAGGUGAUCUGAAUUGAAAAUGCUGCUUCUGAUUGUUUGAAAUGUUUGUAACCUUUGAUUAUUUUCGUAUUCCUCCCUUGAAUAUUAGUCCAUAGCAGCUCUCUCCGAAGUCAUGUUUUUCAAGAUAACUUACUUAGUUAGAACAAAAAGACUGGGAAAGGUUGGAUGCUGCAUUCGUGAGGCAGAAUUGAAUACAGUCCCGUCCCAAAGUCCAAAGGAGUUUCUACUGUAAUCCUGUUGGGUAUUUGUUAUGCUGUCAUUUUUUUUUCCUUUAGAGAACACGAAGUUCUCUGUGACAGUCACUUGUACUGAUUUUAUCAACUAAAUGAGAUUUCAUUUAGAAACUGUUGCAACUUUCUUAAAUACUUUGUCCUUUUGCAUUGUGUAAGCUGCAAAGCAUUCAACUUCUAAUGAAUUGAGUUUUGUUGACUCACAGGUCAACAAAAAUAGUCUUCUCUCACUUUGCAAAGGAUGAUGGGGUCAACAAGAUCAAAACCCUUGACCAAGGUCAUUCAGGAGUCAGUGCCAGUACUAGAUCUAAAUCCUGUUCUUGUGCAUCUCUGUUCUAAGCCUGUCAGUCACUUAGAUCAGUGUUGGCUGCUCUUUUUGCUGUUAGCACUUUUGGACCUGUCAGAGUGGAGUGUCUGAGCCAGACAUCCUCGACGGACAAGAGAAAUGGGCAAGAGAGCUACACCUGCCUUUUCAUAACACUAGGGAAAUUGGUAGCGUGUAUUACUAAUUCCUCCUACAACAGAAAAACUCUAGGCAGGCCAGGCUCUUCUCUGAAGAGCAUACGAGUUGUUCAAGCAAUGGAAUGCAUUUUACAAAAGUUUGAAACAACUUAUGUUCUUUGGGAUAAGGCAGUGCUUGUAUUAUGGUACAAUUUAUAUGGGAAGUUCAUAUGGGAAGCUAACCUGGGGGGGUGUAUUGCUCUGAAAAAGACCAGUGUUCUAAAUGAGAGGCUGGGAUUUUCAGGUGCUGAGAAUGCAGCAUGUCCAGGACAGAGGGCCAUCUUGCUUUGCUCACUGCUGGCUGUUUUGUGUAAGUCAGCCUCAUAGCUUCUUUGGCCUCAUUACUUCUCCCCUUCAGAGGUAAACGCUGCACCCAUUCUGUUCCAUUCCAUUUAUUAGCUUUUGGAGGAUACAUGUCGACAUUAUAACAAAGCUUGCAAUUUUAUUUCAUUUAGUGCUUCCCUGUGCUGAUGUGCUGCAUAGGAGGAAGGAGAAGAAGGGCUUUUCUUUUUUACUUGAAAUGUCUGUAGCUAAAUGUCUGAGCAUUAGUGGAGCAGGCAGCUUGAUGCCAUUAUGGGUGUGGAUGCUGAAUAUACUUCCUGAAAAUAAAGUGGAUUUCUUAAAUUCAACAUUCGUUGUUUUGUUAUGAUUUUAGCUCAUUCACUGGAAGUUAUUUGGAUUCUUAUUCUGUUCCCAGGUUAUUGAUAAUGAUACUUGAUGGCAGAAAAUGUAGGCUAGUAUACACUUAAAUGUGGUUUUUCUUUUAAUUGCAAAAAUACUAGGGAUGCAUCUUGUUACUCUAUGUGAACAGAGUAAGAAUUAAGAACUGGAAUCAAUUUUACAUAUCUGCUAAUGUAAAAUGGAUUGUUCUGCAAUAUUUUUUCACAUUACUUGUCACCUGGUAUUUAGACAGUAGUUGCAAUUAAGGUGGACUAAAAACAGUUCUGGUUCAUCAUAAGUAGUUUUUUUCCCUUUAAGAAAGAAACUCGAAACACUUGGAGUGAAAGUUGAUCUUUCCUCCUUUCUGCCAGCUGACCAAAUGUACCAUUUCUUGAAUCUGUAGGUCUAGCACAGCUUCUUUACCAGCACAUGUGAAUUCAACAAAAACAAAAUCUCUCUCGACUCGUCAGCUGCCUGUCAGUUUCAUGUGACUGUUAGAAUCAUCUGGCUAAAUGGAAAUUGAAACCACAGUCUCCUUGUAUCUCUGGAAGAGGUCGUCGCUUUCAAGCCUGGGGUUAACGCUUGUGUAGACCCUGUGAGUUCUGGCUCUCUUGACUCACCUGGUUCCCCUCAGCCCUGUAGUGCCAUAGGUAAGCACUCAUAGUGCUUAACGUGCAUGCUGAUGAUUCCAUCCCACCAGGGAUUUCUAUUCUCUAGGCAGUGAGGUGUGGGAGAUAACACUGCAGCAGCACCAAUAUGAAAAUCCUCGAAGCUUCAUAUUAACUUUGGGAGGUGACCCUCUAGAAGAGACUCUGUGAAGCCGACUCCAGCAAAGAGAAGGAGUUCUAUUUCUGCCAGCCAGACCCAGUCUCCAGUGCUGGUCCCCCUGAUGGCAGUUUGUACAACCCUCUGAAACCUGCCAAGCUGGACGCCACAGAUUUGCACGACUGCACUUUGGCCGCCACUGUGCCUCCCUCGGAGCUGUUGAACCAUGCAGUCCAAGCCUGUGACACAGGCAUUCAUGAAGAGCACUAUGUAAGCGAAGCAGUGGAAGAUGAUGUGCCAGACUGCAGAGAGUACAGAGAUGCCUGCACCAUUACUGAUGUGUGCAAUAGUACCAAUCUUCCUGAAGUUGAAAUCAUCAGUCUACUGGAAGAACAGCUGCCUCAUUAUAAGCUAAGAGCAGAUACAAUCUAUGGUUAUGACCACGACGACUGGCUUCAUACUCCUCUCAUUUCUCCUGAUGCAAAUAUUGACUUAACAACUGAGCAAAUAGAAGAGACCUUGAAAUACUUCCUUUUAUGUGCUGAAAGAGUGGGCCAGAUGACUAAAACAUACAAUGACAUAGAUGCUGUUACACGUCUGCUUGAAGAGAAAGAACGGGACUUAGAAUUAGCUGCUCGGAUUGGCCAGUCACUUUUAAAGAAGAACAAAUCACUGACAGAAAGAAAUGAGUUCCUUGAGGAGCAAGUAGAACACAUCAGGGAGGAGGUUUCUCAGUUACGGCAUGAGCUUUCCAUGAAAGAUGAGCUGCUCCAGUUCUAUACCAGUGCUGCUGAAGAAAGUGAGCCAGAGUCCAUCUGUUCCACCCCGCUGAAGAGGAAUGAAUCUUCCUCCUCUGUCCAGAACUACUUUCACUUGGAUUCUCUUCAGAAGAAACUCAAGGACCUUGAAGAAGAGAAUGUUGUGCUUAGAUCUGAGGCCUGUCAACUGAAGACUGAAACAAUUACUUAUGAGGAAAAAGAACAACAGCUUGUCAAUGACUGUGUAAAAGAGCUAAGGGAUGCAAACAUACAGAUUGCCAAUAUCUCCGAGGAGUUAGCAAAGAAAACUGAAGAUGCUGCCCGGCAGCAGGAAGAAAUCACCCAUCUUCUCUCUCAGAUUGUGGAUCUGCAGAAAAAGGCCAAAGCUUGUGCAGUUGAAAAUGAAGAACUUGUUCAGCACUUGGGAGCAGCUAAAGAUGCCCAGAGACAGCUCACAGCAGAGUUGCGUGAGCUGGAAGACAAGUAUGCAGAGUGCAUGGAAAUGCUUCAUGAGGCUCAAGAAGAGCUGAAAAACCUUAGGAACAAGACUAUGCCAAAUGCUGUUUCACGUCGGUACCACUCCCUCGGCCUCUUCCCUAUGGAUUCUUUGGCAGCAGAGAUAGAAGGGUCAAUGAGGAAGGAGCUGCAUCUAGAUGAACCUGACUCUCCUGACUUGGCUCAUCAGAAGCGGGUCUUCGAGACAGUGAGAAAUGUUAACCAAGUUGUCAAGCAAAGAUCCAUGACUCCAUCGCCAAUGAAUAUCCCAGGCUCCAACCAGUCUUCUGCGAUGAACUCGCUCAUUUCCAGCUGUAUCAGCACUCCACGUUCCAGUUUCUAUGGGGGAGACAUCUCUAACAUUGUGAUAGACAACAAGACCAACAGCAUCAUCCUAGAGACAGACUCUGAGAAUGGGAAUGAAGACAGAAUGAAGAAGCCCGGAACUCCGGGGACACCAGGCUCCAGUGACCUAGAGACUGCCCUUCGCAGGCUGUCCCUUAGGCGGGAGAAUUACCUCUCGGAGCGGAAGUUCUUUGAAGAAGAGCAGGAAAGGAAGUUGCGGGAACUGGCAGAAAAGGGUGAACUCCGUAGUGGUUCCAUUACUCCCACAGAAAGCAUCAUGUCUCUGGGAACUCACUCCAGAUUUUCAGAAUUCACUGGAUAUUCAGGAAUGUCUAUCAGCAGUCGCUCCUACCUACCAGAAAAGCUUCAGAUUGUGAAACCACUAGAAGGUUCUGCCACUUUGCACCACUGGCAGCAGCUGGCUCAGCCUCACUUGGGUGGGAUCCUGGACCCGAGGCCCGGGGUUGUCACUAAGGGCUUCAGGACCCUGGACCUCGACCUGGAUGAAGUGUACUGCCUUAAUGACUAUGAGGAAGAUGAGACAGGUGACAUUUCUUACAAGGGCCUAACUACCUCGACGCCAGUUCAGCACACAGAGACCUCAGGUGAGAGGUCACAAGCACAAGUGACUGUUUCAGACAACAAGAAUAACCCCCGCCAAUCUCAGGCUUUCACAGAGGAGAUGCAGGAGUCCACGGCUGACGAUGAUGAGGGGUCUGUACCUCAUCCUGGGAAGUGCAUGUCACAAACCAACUCCACCUUCACCUUCACCACCUGCCGCAUUCUGCACCCUUCUGAUGAGCUCACACGAGUCACACCAAGCCUUAACGCAGCACCUACUCCAGCUUGUGGCAGCGUUAGCAACUUGAAAGGCACCCCGGUGGCUACUCCUUGUACUCCUCGGCGUCUGAGUUUGGCUGAAUCCUUCACAAACCUGCGGGAAUCCACAACAACAAUGAGCACAUCUUUGGGGCUGGUGUGGCUGCUGAAGGAAAGGGGCAUCUCAGCAGCAGUGUACAAUCCACAGAGCUGGGACAGAGCCAGCAAAGGCACCCUCCUGAACACAUAUUCCCCUAAGAUGGCAAUCAUUCCUUCCACUCCACCGAACUCACCUAUGCAGACACCUUCUUCUUCCCCUCCGUCUUUUGAGUUCAAGUGCACCAGCCCACCUUAUGACAACUUCUUGGCUUCAAAGCCUGCUAGUUCCAUCUUGAAGGAGGUGAGGAAUAAAAAGAACAUCAGGAACAGUGAGAGUCAGACCGAUGUGUCUGUUUCCAACCUUAAUCUUGUGGACAAGGUCAGGAGGUUUGGUAUUGCCAAAGUUGUGAGUUCUGGGCAAGUGCCAGCUCCCCCUUUAACUGAUGACCAGGGACCUCUUGUCUGUGGGGCACAAGGAUCAGGGAGGGCACUUGUUCCCGGAGGCCUGGCACCAGACACUCUCCCGCUGGGCUGCCCUGCUGUUACCAGUGCCAUUGGGGGCAUCCAGCUGAACACUGGCAUCCGAAGGAACCGGAGCUUCCCCACCAUGGUGGGUUCCAGCAUGCAAAUGAAAGGCCCGACAUCCCUCACCUCGGGGAUCCUCAUGGGAACCAAGCUCCCAAAGCAAACUAGCUUACGAUGAAGGACUUGUAUUUUUACAGCUAGUCUUUUUAAAUGGAAAUAUUCACAUUCUUUCUCCAGUCCUCUUUUCCUCUCCCCACCACCCCUUCAUUGCCUCUUGAGUUUGACAAAUCAACUUCGUGCCUAGUGGGAGAAAUGUGUAAACUUUGUAUAAAUGUGUAAAUAUGUACCAGUUCUAUUGUAACUAAUUGGAUUAUUUUACUGUUCGAUUGAGUGCAGAAGGCUCUACGUUAUGAUUGCUGUAUUAGGGUUAACUUGCUAACCUUUUGAAAAGGUUUUUUUAAGAUGCACUGAAAAAAGACAAGUACAACAGAAUAUAACCAAGUUAAGUUGAGUAGAAAAAACAUGAAUUCUGUAGCUAGUCUAACUUGAGUUGAAGGUGCAUGGGAAGCGGUUGAGUAUGUUAUGUGAGAACUCGCAUUUCAUCACUUGAAGCAUGGGAGCAUUUAUGCUUUGAUAAAGCACUCAGUUUAACACUUGAUAGUUUUGAUUUUGCUUUUGUAGAUGAGUUGAGCUGAGUUAUUUGAGUGCCUGGCUGUUAUGCCUGAAUGGAUGAAACUUUAUUCUUUUUCUGUUCUGUAUUCUCCUCCUCUUCGAUACGAUAAACUUGAACUAAUACUGUGUAGAGGUCAGCAGGCCUACUGGGUACCUGGAAUAUUGACAUAUUUCUACCACUGCUGUCUCAUUUGGCAUGCUUAUGUUCUGUGUGAUUUCUUCGUAGUUUUUGUUUUUCAAUGCUGCACUGGAUUGUGGAAGGGGAAAAUGCUUUACUAUGUGUUGCUGCCACUGAAACAUGCUUUGUCAGUGCGCCCAAAGAACAGUUUUCACAACUCAUGAGGUAAACGUGGCUGUGACUUCCUAGAAGUUGGAGUUGCGGAAUAGAUUGACAGAUAAGAAUGUUAUAUGAGAACAUGUAGCAAAACCAGUGUUAGGAAAAGGUGCGUCCUUGGAACCUCAGCAGAGAACCACAUAAACAUUUAGUAAUAGAAUGGUGCAAGCUGGGAAAUGCACCUUGCAGUCAAUAAGCUGAUAUUCAGGUUUUGUGCCUGCAGAGGACCACGGUCUUAUAAGCAGAGUGAGAAUGUUCCCUACCCAGUUUCUGUUUUCUUUUUUUCAAAGAAACCUUUUUAUUCCAAAUUUUGACCCUGGCAAAGGUAAAAGUAUGUGAAACAAUUUAUUCUGCAGUGAAUUUACAUUGGAAAAGAACAAACAAAGAAACAAACAAAAAACACCUCCCAAUGCCAAACCUGUAAGUUCAGUUAAGAAACUAGAGACACCACCCACCACUGAGUUGUGGCCAAAUGAUCCUAAUGUGACUUGCAGUUUUCUUGCCUGUUUCUCCCAAACCUCUGCUGGGUGCUUGUAGAGGGAAUUGAAAAGAACGGGAACAGACUGGAGGGAGCUUGUUUCUGUAGCUGAGCAGAGCCCCAACAUUCUUCUUGAAAUGGGUAGGGGAAAAGGAGCCCAUGGGGCUGUUAGCAUCUGCUUUCUUCUCCUGACAGUUCUGGUUCCGUCUAAACCAAGCUCCCUCUUUGUUGCCACCAUAAUCACGCUCCGUGUCAUUGCCGUGAAUUGAAUUUGUACCAGACUGUUACUAAAUUAUUAGCACUGAUAAUUUCUUGUAUAAGUGAAGCUGUCUUUUAGUCUUUGUGACAAGAGAUAGGUGAUUUUUCUUUCUUUUUUUUUCUUUUUUUUUUUUUUUCUUUGAAUGAAGUCGUUAUUUGCAGUAGUGCUAUGGACACUAAGGAUAUUUUUUGAGAAAGAAAAAACACAUCGGUCGGUUACUGCAUGUGUUUGGAGACUUAUAUUUAUUCUAUGAACUUAAAAUGUUUUAGUAAAAUGUCAUCAGCUCUCUUUGCUGUUGUAUGUGUGCACUUAUUGCAAGUAAAUUUAAGUACCUUUUUAUUUGAAUGUAACAGUAGAUAGAAUAACAGUUGAUUCUGGAGGAUCACGAAUUCAAUGGACCAUUUUAUAUACCCAGAGGAAGAAAGCAAUACUGUAUGCGAACUUAAAUUGUAGAAACUAAUCAUGCAACUGGGAAGCAUUAUUCAGCCUUUAAAUAAGCAGUCAGAACUGUCGGCCCACCAGAGAAAGUAAUUGUACCACGUCAGAAAGAUGAAAUUUAAAUUUUCUUCACUAAUAUCAAUAAAAUAACAACAACAAAAAGAA